ACAGGAGGAGAGCUCAGAGUAAUCGUAGGAGGACAGAGAAGGGAACUUGUGUCAGCGUGGGUGCUGAAGCAGGAGAAUGACAUGCUGGAUAAAGGGGCAGCGAUGAUGUCCAGUACCAUAUUCAAAAUGUCCAGGUCACAGUGAGAGCCUCCUGUCGUAACAACAGUAGUUCCAUCAAGAUCCAUCAGAAGAAGCAGACAGCAUGCAGAACCUCCGGCAUGCAGCUUCUGAGGCUUUUCAGCGUCUCGGGUUAAAGCAAAGACAUCUGGGCUAUGAGGAGCUGGGAGAGCUGGACGGGGUGGAGAAACCACAGCCGCACUGGUUUCACACGCUGCAGGUGCGACGGCUCAGAGUUCAGAGGGGCCGCAGUAACAGCGAUCCUAUGGGAGGAAAGAGCUUCCAGCAAGAGUUCCAGUGGAAAACUGGCCUGCAGUUUGGGAAUGCGACAUCUUAUCUGAAUCUUGAAAAACUUGGAGAGGGAACAUAUGCCACAGUGUACAAAGGAAUUAGCAGGAUAAAUGGUCAUCUUGUGGCUUUAAAGGUGAUUCACAUGAAAACUGAGGAAGGAAUUCCAUUCACAGCUAUUAGAGAAGCCUCCUUGUUAAAGGGCCUUAAACAUGCCAACAUAGUCUUGCUUCACGACAUCAUCCACACGCGAGAGUCUCUCACCUUUGUCUUUGAGUAUGUGCAAACAGAUUUGGCUCAAUACAUGAUUCAGCAUCCUGGCGGACUUCACUCGUACAACAUCAGGCUCUUCAUGUUUCAGUUGCUGCGAGGAUUGUCUUAUAUUCACAGCAGAAGAAUUCUGCAUCGAGACCUCAAACCUCAAAAUUUGCUCAUCAGUUAUUUGGGGGAACUCAAAUUAGCCGAUUUUGGUCUGGCCCGAUCUAAGUCCAUACCGUGCCAGACAUACUCUGCAGAGGUCGUGACUUUAUGGUACCGGCCACCAGAUGUUCUCAUGGGCUCCACUGAUUACUCCACAGCCCUGGACAUCUGGGGAGCCGGCUGCAUUUUUAUUGAGAUGCUACAGGGGUCACCAGCAUUUCCUGGAGUAGCUGAUGUUUUUGAGCAGCUGUUGAAGAUUUGGGCAGUCCUCGGGGUCCCGACCGAGAAGAGCUGGCCAGGUGUCAGUGAUCUGCCAAACUAUAAACCAGAGUGGUUCCUGCCCUGCAAGCCCCAGCAAUUUCGAGAUGUCUGGAAAAGACUCGCUCAGUUACCUUAUAAGACGGAGGAUCUGGCCCAGCCUGUGCUGAUGAUGAGUCCAAAGGACAGGAUUUCAGCCCAGAAUGCAUUGCUACACCCAUAUUUCAACACACUUCCACCUCCGUUAAUGCAUCUAAGGGACACUGUGUCCAUCUUUAAGGUGCCGGGCGUGAGGUUAGAGACGGAAGCGAGGGAUAUCUUCAGCCCCAGCAGACGAAUGAAAUCGCCUCUCGCUCCGCUGGCCGAGUGCUGGUGAAAAUCUCACCUUUGUAAAUAGUUGGUGUGCUUGUAAAACCAAAAUCACAGCAGUAAACGUGACACUGUUGCAGCAUGACGGUCAGUUUGUAUGUUGCUUAUUCAGAACUUAAUCACCUUCAUCAAAUAUAUUUCUGAAAGAAUAUCAGAUUCUCUUUCAUAAGAUUCAUGUUUUUACAUUUUGGACCAGUAUUACCUAAAAAUGUUUUACAGUCGAUCAUGAUGAUCCAAGUCAUCAGGAUCCACUGUAUAUCAAAUGCAUUCUAUAUUUUGAGAUCCAUAUCCACCUUAUUUUUUAACAUAAGAAAGGGUGCGGCAAUUUGUAACUUGAAUGUGCGAGGCUUCCAGUUUAGUUGUACAAAAAUAAUACUAGUUUUAUAAUUAGUUAUAUGUAAUAUUAGUUUAUGCUGCUUGAUAUUGCAAACUGGUAUUUGUUAUCAUAUUAUUUGAAUUCAUUAUCAUAAACGCACUAGUUUGUUGCACAGAUAGUUUUACUAUUUACAGCUUUUUCUUAUUCUUCCAGUUACCUGGAGCAGUUAAUGAUAGCUUACUUUUACGUUUUCCUGCCUCUCUGCAAACUGAUGUCCAGAGACUGUUUACUGCACACUUUCAUUGUGAAUAAGUUUCAAUUAAAUGCACUUAAUUUUAUAUGUAAUUUAGUUUUUGUAUAUAUUGCACAGAAAAGAGAAUGAGUGUGCGAGAGAUGAUUUUGAAAUAUGAUAUGAAAAUAUGUGGAAGAAUAUACCUAUAAAUAUUUCAAAGCUCUAUUGUGUAGUGUGCAGGUGAAAAAAAAUGACUUGUGUGCAUUUAUAAAACACACCUGGAGAGAGUCUCACCCGAAAUUACCUGUUUUUGUACAGCACAUACUCAUAUUUCUCCUGUACACUGAUGGCCACUGUCGGAACAUGUUCAGAACUGUUUUUAGCUGUGUUUGUAUCAAGUUCAUAAUAAAUCAGAAUCUUUACUUUUUUUUUUACAUAUUAGCAAUGUCUGUAUAUGAUGCUGAGAUUCAAACAUUUGCUGCUUCUGAGUCUACGUUUUAAAGCAGCGAUGUACAUCAAUAUUGGUCACCAACAACAACAGUUUCAAAUAAUAGGAACAAUCACAUUGCCAGUCACUCAAUACUGAUGUCAUAAAUGUAUGUGCCGGAGAACAUACACACACACUUCAACAUCAUGCAAUACUGUGAAAGCUGUGUAUGUGUUCAUACAAUUGUAUACAA